UGCGGGCGGGCGCCGGCGAGGGGACCGGCCACCGCGGCGAGAGCGCGCCAGCCCCGCCGUGAUGCCCGCGCGCCCCGGACGCCUCCUCCCGCCGCUGCCCCGGCCGCUGGCCCUGGCCGCGCUGCCGCUACUGCUGCUGCUGCUGGGCCAUGGCGGCGGGCGCGGGGGCGCCUGGGCCCAGGAGCCGGGGGCGGCGGCGGCGGCGGACGGGCCCCCACCGGCCGACGGCGAGGACGGGCAGGACCCGCACGCCAAGCACCUGUACACGGCCGACAUGUUCACGCACGGGAUCCAGAGCGCCGCGCACUUCGUCAUGUUCUUCGCGCCCUGGUGUGGACACUGCCAGCGGCUGCAGCCCACUUGGAAUGACCUGGGAGACAAGUACAACAGCAUGGAGGAUGCCAAGGUCUACGUGGCUAAAGUAGACUGCACAGCCGAGUCAGAUGUGUGCUCCGCCCAGGGGGUCCGAGGAUACCCCACCUUGAAGUUUUUCAAGCCUGGCCAAGAAGCUGUGAAGUACCAGGGUCCUCGGGAUUUCCAGACACUGGAAAACUGGAUGCUGCAGACGCUGAAUGAGGAGCCUGCGACACCAGAGCCAGAAGUCGAACCGCCCAGAGCUCCUGAGCGCAAGCAGGGACUGUAUGAGCUCUCAGCAAGCAACUUUGAGCUGCACGUCGCACAAGGCGACCACUUUAUCAAGUUCUUCGCUCCGUGGUGUGGUCACUGCAAAGCUCUGGCUCCAACCUGGGAGCAGCUGGCUCUAGGCCUUGAACAUUCUGAAACUGUCAAGAUUGGCAAGGUCGACUGUACGCAGCACUAUGAACUCUGUUCAGGAAACCAGGUUCGUGGCUAUCCCACUCUUCUGUGGUUCCGAGAUGGUCAAAAGAUUGACCAGUACAAAGGCAAGCGGGAUUUGGAGUCCCUGAGAGAGUAUGUGGAAUCACAGCUGCAGAGCACGGAGCAGGGGGCCCCGGAGGUCGUCGAGCCGUCAGAGGCCCCAGUGCCAGCCACUGAGCCCGCGGCCAAGGGCACCCUGUUGGCACUCACGGAAAAUAACUUCGAUGACACAAUCGCAGAAGGAAUAACCUUCAUCAAGUUUUAUGCUCCAUGGUGUGGUCAUUGUAAGAAUCUGGCUCCUACUUGGGAAGAACUCUCUAGAAAGGAAUUCCCUGGUUUGGCAGAGGUCAAGAUUGCGGAGGUGGACUGUACUGCGGAACGGAAUAUUUGCAGCAAGUACUCGGUACGAGGCUAUCCCACAUUGCUGCUUUUCCGCGGAGGGAAAAAAGUCAGUGAGCACAGUGGAAGCAGAGACCUUGACUCGCUGCACCACUUCGUCCUGCGCCAGGCAAGGGAUGAGCUGUAAAACCCAGUCCCAAGUCGCCUGGCCACCCGUGCCCAGGGUGUGGGAGCUGAAUUGUGCAGGUGUGGAGUUUCACAUGGUGGUUUUUCAGAGAGCUGAAUGUACUAAACUUGUGGUAUCUUCUUUGUGUGUGUGAUUUUUAAGGCAACACACUCUACAAAUUCUUUAUUAAGUUUCUCUAAGUAAACACGUAACUCAUGAUCCCUUCGCAAACAAUAUUUUCAGUGGUGAUCUGUCGUCCCCUUUACCUUUCUCUUGAUGAAUCUAAAUGGUUUCCUUUGAGACUAAAAUAGAGUUGAGAAAAAUCAAAUUGCUCAACUACUUUUGGCUCCUGAGUGAUUCUGGUGAAAGUAUCAUCUAAAGCAUCGUUUGUGAACUGCCCACAAGUUCUGGAAAGGUGGCAGUAUUGAUAUUCUGCUGAUUUUAAGGUCAGAACGGACUUGUUAGUAAGGUGGUUGGUCAGUAACUUGGAGCAGAUCUAAACACAGAAACCCCACACCUCUGGAAGAUACCUUCACGUCCACCCCUGGCUUUGCUGUUUCUGUUAAUACUACUCUCAUCGCGAGAGGUCAGCCAUAAUGAAAGCAAUGGUACUUCUGACGUGUGCCUGAGUAAGACAAUGCUGGUGCCAUAGUGUGUGUGUGUGUGUGUGUGUGUGUGUGUAUGUAUGUAUGUGUAUGCUUCUGUUUGUUACUCACAGGUGAAAGAUUUAUUAGGUUCUCAUGCAGCCAAGAGUCCAUGUGAACUUUAAGAUUUGACGUCUCCCACAGAAAAUGUGGCACGGAAAGUUUCACAAGACUUGUCCUGACUAUUCUGUUAACUCAUAGAAAGAUUCUGGUUGUAUUUGCCACCAGGGGGGCAAAAGGACUUAGGCGAGCUUUCCCAGCCCUGGGUCUCCUGACCAGGGUGGCCCUCCUGCUCAGCAACAGGGCCCGAGCUGGAGGCAGCCUCACGUUCUGCUUCUGAGUAGUCAUUUUAGAGGCUAACUGUACUUUGCCUUGGAAGAGGUCUACUCUCUGCUGUAUGAGGAGCGGGAUUAAGUUGGCCUCCAGACCAAAGACUGAAGUAGGUGGGGCUGGCUGGGUCAGGGCUGACACAGGCCAAGUCACUGCCAAUACCGGCGUUCUCACAAGCCACGCCAUCCUAGGUGUUAAGCAUUCUUAACUGUCACACUCGAAAAUAAGCACCCAUCGGACUAGGCUCCCUUAAGAUAAUGUACCUGUAUGUUCUUUGCCAUCGAGUUACCUCUCAUAAUCCCUCCGUCUCCAACACUCUUUGCCCCACUUCCCAUGCUUGGGGGGUGCGGGCAGUGGACACACAGUAACUGGUGGUGGGAAUCUGAUAAACAAGACCACUUCUGCUGUCUGCGGCAGAAGACAACAGAGCAGGAUCUCGGCCAACCUCUGCCUUAAAGGAAAUCUUUAUUAAUUAUGUAUGGUUCACAGAUGUUCUUUUAAAACCCCAACUUUCUAGAGAAGCACAAUCCUCAUGAGUGGCUUCAGCUUUGCAUCAUGAGUCUUGUAUUAAGAGAAAAUCCAAGUGGUACAAUUUGUUUACACUAUGAUACUUUCUAAAUAAACUCUUUUAAAAAAAGAAAAAAAAA